AUGAGCAGCCGCCCGGAAUACAUUGACAUCGGCGUCAACCUCACCGACCCCGUCUUUCGCGGCAACUACCACGCCAAGCAGGCGCAUGAGGACGAUUUUGACACUGUUCGCUCUCGAGCUCUCAACGCCGGUGUUGUCUCGCAGAUCGUCACCGGUGGUAACCUGGCCGAGUCUCACCAAGCGCUUGCACUUGCACGCUCGUACCAUGGAUUCUAUUCUACCGUAGGAUGCCAUCCUACACGAACGUCAGAGAUCGAGUCGUACUUGCACGGAGCUGAUGCGUAUCUGGGCGAGAUCAAGAAAGUCAUCCUCUCGGAUCGCGACUCAGGUGGUGCAAAGGUUGUCGCGGUCGGAGAAUGCGGCUUGGACUACGAUCGCUUGCACUUUUCGCCCGCCGAUGUACAGAAAAAGCACUUUGAAUCCCAAUUGUCGCUCGCAGCGCACGUUCAACUGCCACUCUUCUUGCACUCGAGAGCUGCACAUCGUGACUUUGUCGACAUUCUACAGCCACACAUGCACGUUAUCCAUGCGGCACUAGUAGAAAAGAACCCCGAACAGCACAAAGACGAUCCAGACGCAAAACGUGUCGGUGUAGUUCACAGCUUUACCGGCACCGUCGACGAAGCCAAGGAAUUGCUUGGUUUGGGCCUGUUUAUCGGUAUCAACGGAUGCUCGCUCAAGACGCAAGAGAAUCUCGAUGUGCUCCAUCACAUUCCGCUCUCAAGGCUUAUGCUCGAAACCGAUGCACCCUGGUGCGAUCCCCGCUCUACACAUGCUUCCCACUCGCACAUUCACACCUUCAAACAGACGCACCCGGAUCUGCACGCUCUCUAUCAACCCACGUCAGUGAAAAAGGAAAAGUGGAAGCCAGACUCGAUGGUCAAAGGUCGCAACGAGCCGUGCGCUAUAGGCCUAGUCGCUGCUACUGUCGCCAGUGUCAAACGCGUUCCCAUCCAACAAGUCGCUCAUGCAGCCAUGUACAAUACCCGCUGGCUCUUCUCUCUCUAA